CGAAAACACAAGCGCAUAAAUGUCUCUCCGGGAUAAUUUCUUGAGAAAUGACUUCCACAAAUGAUGGAAAAGACGUGAAAAGUAUUCAAACAAGUGGCCAAAAAGGCAAGACAUAUUAUAUUGAACUUUACAAGUCGUUGGACACACGCCUGAGCGGCGAGUGUUCGGGCGAAGAUCGCACGCGGCUGGUGUGCGAGGCGUGGCGCCUCGUGCACAGCCUGUGCCAGCACUCCACACCCUCAACACAAACACACUUGAUACUAUGGCUCCAACAACACACUUCACAUACACUACUGCAGACAGAAUGGCAGGCACCUGCAAGUAAAGAGCAACACACUUGGCUGAAGGAUGCCAUCAACGCCUUCGUUGCCGAGUGUCGAGAUGGUGCCUCCAAGAGGGAAGGACUAAACCUGUUCUGGGAGACUCAGCUCCUAAAUAGGGCAGAAUGGUUCCUGAACGUGCUUCCCAACCCAUGGGGGCACCAAGUAUUGAAGGCUUUACUGGACCCCAAUGGGAAACAGCCAUCAGACGACGAAGUUCUAGAAUGGCUGAAGGAGGAGCGGGGGCUUAUGUUCGUGACGCGGCUCCGGCAGCUGGCAUCGUCCAGGCGCUGCGACGACCUGGCGUUGCUGCUCGCGACCGCCGUCAUGACCCGAGUGCGCUUCACCACCAAGAUCGUGCCGGACGUAGUCCAGGCCCAGGAACCCAAAGAUAAACCAGAGGCAUUUAGCAACGAGCCCACCUUCUACAACAUACUCAGCGAGGAAGCUGACUUUACACGGGAUGUAUGGGACUUACUCACGGACAUAGAAUUUGUGUUACAUUUCAAGGGCGAGACACGCGCGCGAUGCAUUGAAUUGGCCAAACAAACGGAACUGCGCCAUGCAUACCAGCUUGUGGGUCGACUGCACAAUCGACUCGAGAAGUCGCCGCAGGACAAGAAACUGUGGAAGAACGCCAAAGACGUGGCAACACUUAUAGCGCAGGUGGUGAUAGCGCGGUGCAUGGUGGUGCCGGUAUGUGCGGGCGUGGUGCACGACGCACUCUACCGCUGCGUAUAUUCGCUCGCACAACUGCUGCCAGCGGACAAACUGCCGGCCGCGGCCGCAGCGCUGGCCGCACCGGCCGCUACGUCGCGGCACCUCCACACGCUGGCCGCCGCUGUGCACGCGCAGUGUAACGAGGAAAGGAAGCCGUUUGUGUGCUCGUUGUACGUUCGCGCCAUCACUGCGGGCAUGAAUGAGCUGGAGAAACUCAAACUGGAGAUUGAAAAGCAAUCUGAAGCACGUGCGAUAGAACAGAUACUGGCUUCGUGGUUCAUUCAGCUCGGGACCUUGUUAUCGGCCAGUUCAAGGUUGAGUUACGAAUGUAUCCUCACCGCAUUCUCUGUGCAUCCAUCGCCGACUAUGUAUGAAAUGGUCAAGAGGGCCCCGCUAUUGCCACCCCUUAUGCUGGACGUCCAAGAAAAAGGGCUAGAUACAAACACAGAGUACGGAAGCUGGGCGACCGACAGUCGGACCCAGACCAACUUAGUGAAAACAUCCAAGACUCUGAAGCUAAAGCAAACUCAGAAACAAGCAAAUGUGCUCUCAACCGCCAUCUUUGCUGAGGGCGAAGGCCUGGGGCUUGAAGCAGACCUAUGCCAGGACCUUGCUGUCCUACUCUCUGGGCCUCGAGUUAAAACUUUGUACUGGGAUCUCGACAGGGAAGUACUAUUGGAAAACUGCCGGACAUACAUGGCGCGUACUCACGAUGGCACCCGUGCUCUUACCACAGAGUUGAAGUACCUCAAUCUUGACCCCAACUCCUUUCAGCACCUACCUGAAGAGGAGGAUGAAGAAGAGUCAAAUAUAUAUUAUGGGAUCGAGAAAGGUUAUGAACACUUGGUAGAAUUUGAAGACGCAGAACCAGAAGAUAUUAUGUGUGACGAAAUUCUGACAGAUUAUUCCUACACUUCUGAUUCGGCUUCUAGCAUUAUAGAGCUUCCAAUGGUUAUUCAGAAACGGAAGAAAAAGACAAAUAAAGAUCUCCAUUUAUCCUCGCAGGAGGAAGUGGAUCCAUUGAGUCUUCCUACUGAAACAUUGAGUAUCAAUAAAGAUAUACCACAAAGCAUUGAGAGUUGUAAAUACAAAAGUAAAGAAAGGAGCGAAAGUAAGACCAGGAUAGAACAUACAAAAGAACAAGAUGGAAACAUUGGGAUAACUAGUCAAGUAACUAAAGAGAUACAAAAAAAGGCUAAGAAAAAAGAGAGGAAGGAGCGUAGAAAGAUAGAGAAACAGUCUGUCUGCGACGCUAAAAUUGAAGAACAAAAUUUUCAGUCUGCAAGCAAUUUAUCAAGGCUUGUUGGUAUGAAAAUUGCUAGACCCAACGUGAAUGAGCAAGAAAGACAACAAAUCGAUUCAAAUAUUAAUAACACAGUUAGCAUUACCGACAGUGACUAUGACAGUCAAGGGAAAUCAUCUAUCAAUUCAGAAUAUAAUGAUAAUGUUCUUACUGAUAGUCUUUACUCAAUCGAUAAUGUUAAUUCUUCUAACAGAGGACUAACCGAUUAUAAACAAAGAACUAAUUUUCCACCGUUUUCUUAUUCCCCUCAUACCGUUAGCUCUGUCAAAGAAGAAGUAAAAAAAGGUAUUCAAAAGCUUAUUGAAUAUAGACGAAAAAAGGUAUUCAAUGAAAGUUCUACAAGUUGGCAUUCACCUGUAAACCGAAGUCCUGAUUUUAUUAUAGAUCGUAAUUUAUUAAUAAGUAAAAAUCUAUCUAGUAACAUACUCUCUCCUGUGAUUAGUUCCAAACUUAUCAAUGAUUCGAGUUACAUUUCUGAGACCAGAAAUAAUGAAAGAAAUAUUACCAGUGAAAAAGAAAUCGUGAAUAUCGCCCAUUUAAACAUAAAAGACAGGCCAGAGCUCUCGGCUAAGGACAGAUCAGUGAUAAAAGUUCAACCCAAACUAUUUAAACCCAAAGAUCCAUCAACAGUAAUAAAACAAGCUGAAGAUAAUUUGCCGGCAACACCAAGUCAAAAACAAUAUCAAGACUUUUUGUUGCAGCGAAAAUGGAAUUCUAUUCAAAGCAAAGGACAUUCUCAAUCACAAAGUCAGAAACAGUUUCAGGAAUUUCUUAAAAAGCAGUAUUUACGAGAAAGCGAGUUGCCAGGAAAUGUGUUGUAUAAACCAUGCAAAAGUGAAGAACUACAAAAACCACAAACUUCACAACAAACCAGCACGAAUGUAUCGCCCAGUCAAAAACAAUAUCACAAUUUUCUUAAAGAAUUGCAAGAGACUAUAAAUGCUGGAACCAACACCAUGCAGGAUUCAAAAUACUUACCAAAAAAUGCCCCAAAAAAAUGUAUUCAACCAAAGAAAGUGGAUAAUGCAGCUAACACAUAUUCACGACUGAGUUACAUGCAUAAAAAUAAACAAAGCGACAUUAAGCUCAAAUUAGCGAACAACCAAGUCAUACAUAAGACCCCAUCCGUCAAUGUUACAACACACGAUAUGCAAUAUAAAGGAAUGCAUAUAAAGGAUAUGGAUCUCGAAAAAGUGUCUAACUUACAAUCAACAGGUCAAAUAGAAAAACCUAAAAACAAAUGUAAAGAUGGAAACUCAAAAGUUAUAGUUCAGAAGAUAGAAAAUCUUAGUGGAUGUGAAUUGUCAGUAAAUCCAAUGUUAUCAAAUAUAUUAUCGUCAGAUAUACCAAAAACUGAAUGUACUUUACCAAAAAAUGAAAUUAAAGUAAUUAAACAAUGCAAUAAACCUAAAAAUUCUACAUCGUUUUUAUCAGAAAAAGAUCAAUUUGAUUUAUUAUUAUUAUUAAGGCAACAAAAUAAGAUGAAUCUACCUAAGAUGCCAGUUAAGACUGAAAUUCCUAAGAAUAAUCCGAGUGAUAUAUUAUCAAAUAAAAGUGCUGCUGGUUGCGCAAGUUCUAAAAAACAGUGUUUUACUCAAAACCAAAGGCCAAGAUUAAAAGAAGGUUCUAAAUCAAAAUCCUGUCCAAUAUCUGUUAUAAAAACUACAAAUAAUAAGUCAUCGAAUAAUGGAUGUGAGUCAAAGAAGAAUCGUGUUAGAUGUUCUAAACAAAAAGUAAAGACCCAGAUAGAAUCUGACUGGAAAAGUGUAAUGGACGACCUUUUGGCACAUAAAACUCCAAGUAGGGGGCCAAAUGCUCUCGAUAUUGUACUUAAUAAAGACUCAUUCGAAAAAAGGUUAUCGGACAAUUUGAGCAACCCUAUCAACAAAAAAGUUGUUACUAAAAGUCCAAUCCAUAGCGUUAAUAAUGAUAAUAUUGCAAAAGAGUUCACUCAUAGCGCUUCAACAAGCAGAGAAAAUUUGGUUAAUUUAAAAACAACAAUUAAAUCAUCUGAGGAUUUGAAACAGAAACAGGAAAUAAUAGUACAGUCUAUUAAUAAAAUCAAUUAUGUUGAAAUGAAAAAAGGACCUGUACCUAUUCAAGGAAAGCCAUUUCCUAAUAUAAUUCAGAAUAGCGAUCCAUUUAUAUCAGGUAUACCUAAUUCUGAUUAUGAUUUAUUAGAGGAAUUAAUGGAUGAUGACUUGCGCCAGGAAAUUGGAGAAUUAACGUCUGAUGAAGAAACUUAUCGUACUCCACAUUUAAGUACUUCUAAAACGAAAAAUAACUUUCAAACGAAAGUAUUAAAUUUGCCGAUUAAUAAGACAAAUUCUCCGCCACUGAUUCAAGCCACUGGCAAUCCAUAUAGUUUCAGUUCCAUAUUAAGCUCUGAUUCUGUAAAAAAUACAUAUAAUACAAAUUAUUCUAUUCUUAAUAAAGAAUUGCCUUCAAAAAACAACAGUCUUCCAAAAGGCAUAACACCUAAGAAGCCGGCUAUUACUAAUGAAGCCAAUUUUAAAAUAAUAAGUAACGAAAUAAUCUCGAGCUCAAAGUUUGUUAAGAAAACGCAUUUUAGCGGAAAAGUGUUUAAUAAUGUUUCUGGUACGACACCUGAAGCAUGUCACGUUAAGAAGAAGCCUGUUAUCAAAACUUCCAAAAGAAAGAAUUCGCAUAAAAAGUGUACUAAAAUUUGUAGUAAUCCUAAAAUAUCAAAAACAGUGGAAAGGACCAAUGUAAGUAAAGUAAAUAAAGUUCCUGAAAGACGAAACUUGUUGGAUCCAGCGCACGUAGUAAUAACUGUACCCAAAAGAAAUAAUGCACAGAAUUUAAUGCUUGUAGGAACAGAUUUAAUUUACGAUCCUUUUUCUACAAUACAUCUGAAUCGGGCAACAAAAUCUGGAAACUUAUCGGACUUAAACAGUAAUAAUACUAAUGUUGCUAGUAAUCAAACGCCAGUUAAUGUAACUUUGUUGCAUUCUACGCCAUUUGUUGCUCCUGUUUUAAGUCCUGUAAUUAUUGAAAGUGCUGUUUCCUUGCCGAUUGUUCAAAAUGUGUCGCCAAAUAUUUCCAUGAAUUUGACAACACAGAAUAAUGAAAAAUCUGAAAUAAACACAGUCUGUAAAGAAAACCAACAAACGUAUGGAAUAAAGACUGAAUUGAUCAAACCAAACGCACUAAAGGAAACAAAAAGUCACAACGAUGAUUUAGAAGCAUCUAAAUUCAGUAAACGCAGUAGCCCUACAGAAUUCGAUUCUGACACUUUCACAUCAACACCAAAAGCUUUAAACAAAAACGUUUUAUCAGAUCCGGUUAAAUCCAAUUUAUUAAACUCCAAGAAGUAUGACAUUACACCCGAAGUUUGUGAGUCAUCCAAAAAGUCAAAUAUUAAGCAAAGUAUCUAUCAAUCGGUCCCUAUUUUCAAUACAAAGUUUAAUAAAAAAAUUCAGGAAGAUAAUAAGUGUGCCAUAAAUUAUGGGGCAAGUGUAGAUGCAUUGUUAGAUAAGACACUUACUCUUGACCACAAAAAUAAAUUGUCCAUAGAUAAAGAAAGGCUACAUAGGAAACGUUUGUACAUAUUAAAUAGAUUAAAUAACUCUUACAAUCGUUGUCUUGAGAAACCGAUUGCUCUCCCUUAUGCUUCUAUUAUAUCGCCUAGAAAUGUCACAGACGAAAAAGAAAUCAAACUUAAGGCGACAUGUAAUACGGAAAAUAUGCGUAAUACCAGAACAAGGCGAAAUAUUUCAAAUAAAACAGACAUAUGCCAAAAAGAAAGCAUUCCAUUAGCGACGGUAAGUAGUGGUCCUCAUGUACCUUCCUUGGGCACGGAUUUAGCGGUUACCGUCCAAGAAGCCAAAAACGUUGCUAAUGCUAAGGAAACAAUAAAACAAAACCCUGUAGACAAUCUAUUAUUGUCCAAUGAGAAUAAUGUUAACAAAAUUAACUUACGCAGUAUCCAAUCAGCUAAGCACAGCGAAAACCAUACGUUUGCGAUGAAUAAAAGCGAACACAAAAAAGAUAAAAGUCAAAAUGUCACUAAUAUGCUUUUAGAUUCUACAGAGGAAAUUGUUAGUAAGGAAAACAUUGAAGAGGAAAAACAGAAUGCUAAAGUCAUUAAUGAAGGUAAUGAUUAUGUAAAAGGUGGUGAAAAUGACACGCAUUUAAAAUCAAAAGAAAUUCAAACUGAUUUAAUGAAACAAACUUUUCGAAAAAUAGAUAAUAUUUGUAAUGAAAAUAUUAAUAAACCCGCCUCUCAAAGUUUAAUUAAUGAAGAUGCUAAAAAAGUAACGAAUAUUAGCAAUGAAAUUCCGCAACAUGUACAAUUAUACAAUCGCGAAGAAACACAAACCAAAAUGAAUGAUUCGAACAAUGAAUCAUGCAUGGGAAAAAAUAUUCACAAUAGUGAAGAAAUGAAAGUGUUCAAUAUAGAUGAGCAAACAAAACCAGAUAUGAUUCAAUGUAUGAAAAAAAAAUCAGAUGAACUGUGUAAUAAUAAGAUUCCUUUAGAAGAUAACAUAACAGUCAUACCCCAAACUAUUAAAGAAACAACAAAAAAAUUAAGUGAAAAAUGUGAAAAUAAAAUUCCUUUAAUAAAUAACAACUAUACGCCACGUAAACAAGAAGUUACUUCCUUGAUCUCUCGUGGUACUAAUAAGGCAACUAAGGAAUUGGAUGAAAUAUGUGUAGAUGGCCCGCCACAUAAACAAAAUAUGCCGUGCCCAAUUUCCCAAUAUGAUUUGCACAAAACAAUAUCAGCUCAGCAACAACCACUUGGUGCAAGUAACAUUACAAAAAAAGUUAAAGAUAUUCUUAGUAUUGAGAAAUCUGGCACUAAGGAAAGUGUCACCAGCACUCAACUAGAAACGGUGGGACUUAAAAAAGGGAAAAAUGAUGAUUGUAAUAGAAAAAGCUCCUUAAUAUUACAAAAUGAGCCAUGUAAAACAAAGAACUCUCAGUUAUUAGAUGCUAAAAUUACUUUUGAUGAAUUACCAAGUGAUGGUAGUGGCCCAUUAAAAAGGUGUGUCCGAAUCAAACUUCCAAAUGGGAACACUUUUAAAGCUACGAUAUCCGGAAAAUUGAACGUCGACAUUAAUUCUAUAUUUGAUGAUCCUACCGUGAAAUCUCUGUUAUGGAAAAAUAUAAAUAAUAAUUCAAAAUGCACUUUGAAUAUAAAACAAGUCUCUUUACAAAAUGAAAAAGAAGAGAUUAUGAAAACUGAAGUCAAGAAAAUAAGUUAUCCAAAACCAGUUAUAAUGACUACAGAUACGAUUAACUUAAUUAGCGACGAUGAAGAAGAAAUCAAUCCUCAAAAAUUCAAGACAGAAUUCGGUAACUUUAACAUUGCGUCAAUUGAUCCAAGUAUACAAAUCAAACACCAAAAAAAAUUAUCUCAGAAGGCUGUGGUGGUUUUAAAAAGAUGUGAUGUGCUACAAGAAUUUGUUCCAAUAGACGUAGUAAAUAUUACGUCGAUCGUACCAGAUAUAGAUGCAAUACAAAUUGAGAAUCCUUUAUCUAUUCCCCAAGAAAUCGUAACAGAUUAUAUCGAAAUAGAUGAUUCAUCGAAUGAUAGUAUCUCAGUAAUCUCAUCUGUGUCAAAUACAAAUGAAAAAACGACAACACCUCUUUAUAGUAAAAAAGUUUGCGACCUUAAAAAUUUACUACUGCAAGAUCUGGGUGUUGAGGUUCAUAACAGUAAAACUCAAACAGAAAACAUUAUGAAAAAUAUGAAAGAAACCAAUAAUAGCAAGGAUACGCAAACAGAAAUCCAAAAAAUAACAGAUGCAAUUGAUCAAAAAAUUGGAGAAGUUAAGAUUCCAGUUCAACAUGAACAAGAAAGUAGUAAAUCGAAAAAAUGUCUUUUAAAACUUAUAAAAUGCGACGACCUCGUUAAACAGUUACAGAUAAAAAAACGAAAAUGUUUUGUCAGCUUAGUUAGAUUUGAUGAGGGCAUACGAGGUUUUGAAAAUAAAGUUGAUAACAAGGUUAUUGAUAAAUCGCUUGGGGAAAUUAAUUACGUAGAAAAUGGGACAAUAACUGAAACAACAUUAAAACGAAGUGACUCGUUUUCUAUUUUAAACGAGUUUGAUAAUUCUUUAGUUAAUCUUCCGAUAUUUAACCAAGAUAUAUCUCAACCAAUUAGACCAUUAGUUAUUGAGAAUACAAAUAUUCCAGAAAAUAAUGGUUAUAACAUUAUCAAUAGUAUUAAUAUUUUAGCGAAAACAUCCAAUAAAAAAUGCGACGCUGAAUGGUCUAUAACAAAAUCGUUUUUAAAUAAAUAUGAGAACAUGAUAAGGCACUUACCACUAAUUUCCCAAAAUGAUUUUAAGGAAUUUGAAAACCAUGAGGAUAAUUUGACCGAUUGUGACAGUGACCUCGAUGUUAGUUUUUCAACGGAUGAAAGUAUACAAGUGCCUAGACUUGCUACACUUGUCUUUAAUUUCCUUGUCAAUGAUUCUGACCUGUUGGAUAGACUUAUGAAUACAGAUGUAACACAAAAAAAUGUAACGAAUUUUUCGCCGUUAACUGAUUAUGACAGUGUCCUUAAUACUUGUUUGCCAACGAAUAAAAGUUAUCAAGUACCAAGAUUUAGCACACUUGUCUUUAAUUUUCUUGUCCACGAUUCUGAUGUAAUGGAAAGGCUUAUGAAUACAGAUAUGAGAUUAAGAAAUGUAACGAAUUCUUCAACGUUAAAAAGAAAAUCGACUGAGAAUGGGGAAAUCAAUCGACUAAAUAAAAUUUCUAAAACCGUAUAUGAAUUAAGCGCGGAACAGGUACGCCACAGAAUACAAAAUUCUCAAAACAUAGGAAUUCAUAAUAAAAUAGCUGAAGAAAGUUUAAACCAUUGUUCGUUGAAGCACAAAGACGUUAUUUCAGUAUUAGAUGAUGAAAUGAAAGAAUCAAAUUUAAAGGAAGACUCACAAAAUGAACAUGGACCUAUCCAGAGCCAAGAAGUCAUCUCUUCAUUGCAGACAGAGAGUGUAGAAAAUAGAAAUGAAGUAAGCGAGAAUAAGAUUUUAGAAAAUAUCGCCCAUACAUCACAGCGUUUGGAACAAUCAUCAAAAAAUAAUUUAAGUGCAGAUACCCAUUCUGAAAAUACUUCUGGAAUUAAUUCAACAAUGGUCAUGGAAAUUGAAGGAAGUAAGGGACGUAAUGAAAGUAUUUUAAAAACUAAUAAAGAUCUCUUGGCGGGUGAAAAUUUUUCAGAGGAAACUACUUGCCCUAUCAGGGUUUCAGUAAAUGCAGAGUACCUUAGAAUUAAUGAAGACACGAGUCGUAGGGAAGGGGUUAUGAUAAAAACUAAUACGUGUACUACCCAAAAUGAUGCUUUCAUACCUAUUCGUACAUUAGAUGAUAAUAAUGUCAUGCAAACUAGUACUAGGUUUGGGAUACAUAAUCGAAGCACGAUAAAACCUUGUUCAACAAUAAUAGAAUCUGAUUCUCUGUUACAAUCCAAAUCGAAAAUUAAAUUCAAUAACCUACACGUGACCAUGUCUCCAAUUGAUAUUGUUGUUCAAAUCAAAGAUAAAGAAAAUUGCGCUAAGAAAGAUACUAAAAAUUCAAUCCAGUCAAACGAAACCGAAAAGAUCAAUCUUGAUAAUGAUACGUUUAAAAUAAAGAAUGACUUAAAAACAAAUCAUAUAGACAUUUUGAAUGAAAACGACGAGGCGCAAAGUAAUACCUCUCCUGAAACUACACUUACGAAAUACUCUCACUUAAAUGUUGCCUGCUCGAGCGACCUCACGCCUGAUUUCAAGACAGAUAACUCAAUUAAUCACAUGGAACUUACUAUUCGUAGUAAAACAAGCGAAAACAUAGACCAUAUAAAGGUUUCCCAAGCGAAAACCAAUAUAGAAGAGUUUAGAAUUGAUGAAGCUACACAGUUACAAUCAAAAAUACAGGGUAAAAUUCAAACUGCACAUUCAAAAGAUAAAACAUUUAUCGACUCUGAUAAAGAAGUAAAUGGAAGUCUGAAUUUUAUUGACAAAGAUGUUAAUGAAUCAACUACUAAAGCCCUAACUCUAAAGCAACUAGACUUGAUAAAACAAGAUAUUGGAAAAAAAAUAUCUUCCUCUACUUGCGCUUUCAUAAAAUCGGUACGACAAAACGACAAUAGUCAACUUACCGAAAGCGAUAAGUACACAGAUGAUUCAUUAAAAAUUCCUGAAAAUAAUAUAUUCAACGACACAAAAAUUACAGAUACUAAGACUUGCUCUGAAAUUUACGCUGAAAUCAAAAAUAGGGACUUCGCCGUUGCAACUGACACUGGCAUGAAUAAAAUACAUUCGGGAGUUAGCUCAGCAAACACCGUGGCCUCUGAUGCUAGAAAGAAAGAUGAACCACUUUUGCAACAAAACUUCAACUGUAAGAAUUGUUCUCAAAUUAAUGACGAAUCCUCCUUGCAUAGCGGCAUAGUUUGCUCCUUGGAAGAAAAAGAGAGAACAUUAGACGUUAAUAAAAGAAAAUUUUUGCAUUCUGAAGAUGAUAGAAAUUCAAUAGAAGUCCAAAUAGAAAACACGCCUGUAUCACGUGGCUUAAAUCGUCUGUCAUCCCUACAGAAAGCACUUAUAAACUCUUCUACAAAUCAGAAUCGUAAGAUAGAUCAAACAGAUGAUUUAGCAGAAGAAAUUAUUCGGAAUAAAAUAUCUCUGGCAUUGGGUGAUAGUUGUUCUAACAAAAAAGAAUGUUCUGAUAUAAAAAAAGAGAAUAAUGUUUCAGAAUUCAGGAAAAAGAAUUAUAAUGAAGUUACAUCCAAUGCCCUUGAAAUUAGUACUUUAUGUACAAAUAUCAAAGUUAAAGUUUGUGAAGAUAUUGGUAUCAAGAAGACUGAAAUCGACAGUAAAAUCAGUUCUCUGUCCAAUUAUUGUAGUACACCCAAAACUACCAAUAUCGAUGAAAGUUAUCAAAAUAAAGCAACUAAGAAUGCACAAGGACAUAACGACAAUCUGGAUUCUUUUAAAGAAAAGAGAAUUGCUAGUGUUUUGAAAUCUAUUGACCUUAUAUUUCAGACAAAUCAAGGUAUAACUGAAAAUACUGAAUGUUCUAAUGUUAAAAAUAAUAGUUCCUUGAAAGAUUUGAUUAAUGAGUUUAAUAAUAAUGGAACUGAUGGAAAGGUAGAGUCGAAUACACCAAAUAAUGAUACUAAUACUAAAUUCGAAAAAAAUGUAACGCUUGUAUAUAAAGGUGAUUCUAAUGUUAUAUUAAAAGGCUCUCUAUACGAGGAUUCAGCGGUUGGGACGUGUUAUGUGUUCCCAGUUCUAAAUAAAACGGUUUCAAAUCAUGAAUGGAAUUCUAGCAAUAUUUGUAAUGAUAAACAAAUAAAUAAAAUAGAAAUUUUAAAAGAAGAUACGGCUAAUGAAGAUUGUGAUGUACUAAAUGUUUUGGAUGACGUUCUAAGCGCGGGGAAUUUUAACGUGAUACUACCAAAAUUAACGUACUCGAGACAAAUGUUAAAAAAUAAGAAUAUUGAUACAGGCGAUAAAAGAAACAGGAAAAAUCUUAAACGUAAACUCAGUUGCUAUGAUAGUAAGCUCCAUGGAAAACGAUAUAGAAACGGAAAAAACAUUGACUACCCAAAAAUUUCCGCAGCAACAAUGCUCGAGUCUGCAUAUAGUAAAGAGUAUAAGCGCCUAAUGGAAUAUUGUACGUCCAUCAAAUUUUCAUAUUCGCGACCAUUUCAUAAAGAAUAUAUAAACGUACCUGAUAUAUUUAAAUGUUGGCCAAUAAAAGAAUUAGACGAGAGUGAGCUAGAUAACACAGAUUUUGAAAAAAUACUCUUCUCAGAAGAGCAGUGUUAUAAGAGUAAUCCAUUUGAUCCUUUGCAGUAUACGUUAGCAGAAGAAAUAUCACACUGUAAAGAACAUCAAUACAUUAGCUAUGAUGUUAGUGAAACUAAUUUUAGUAUGGGUUUUGGUGAGGGGUCCGACAGAGUCAUACAAAUAUUGGAAGAUCGAAAUAAUAUUUCAAAUGUUUCGGCUGCGACUCUGUCGGACGUAAAACAAUCUCAGCCGUUUUUAAUGUUGGAGGAUUACGUAUGUGACCAAAAUCAAAAGCUUUGUAUGUCUCAUAAGCACCAAAUAGAAUCUAUUCAACGUUGUAACUCCUUCAUUAAACUGAGAGAUAAAGUACGUUCAUAUUUUAAAAAGACAACCGAGGAAUUGAAUUAUAAUUGGCUUAAGGACAAUAUGAAAAGCAAAUAUGAACACUCGAAUAAAAAUUGCAAUUAUCUUAAAAGCGGUUUCCCGUAUGAUCUCAUUAAUUCGGAUUUUAUAAUACCAGCUCCAGUCGACCCAAUAGUACAAGUCGUUCAGGUUGGCCAGUUACCUGUCAGUGCCGCAGCACAAAAUCCUAUAACAUGUGAUCCACGAGUUACGCAGGUUACAGACGUUAGCCCCCAGUGCUCUAUUGAAAAUAGCCCUCAUGGUGACUCUCAGUCACCUAUAAAGACUGAAUAUACCGAGUUAACUACAGCAGAUCUUAGUAUGCCGGUAGCUCACGAAUAUGCUCGAUAUAAUAUUGAAUCACAAGAAACUUCAAGAAUGCCAAAUAGUCAUCACGAAGACAUUCCAGUGGAAACUGAGAUUUCGUCAGAAGUUAAAACCGAAAUUACUAUGGAAUUAACACCGUUAAAAGAAGAACCGCUUGAUUACAACGAUAGCGAUGAUUUGCAGUCCUUGGUAAACAAACAUAUAAACAACGUUGACUAUUCAUUUGAUUCAAAUGACAACAGUAUACAGGAACCGCAAUCAAUUAGAGAUGUUUCCUAUGAAUCAUUUGAAAAUCAAGAUUUUUCUCCGCAAGAAAAACGGCAAAGAGGUUUAUCUGAAAAAACAGAUCAAAUCGCUCAUGCUAUGAAUGCUGCUGGUAUAACAACUACACCAGAAGUAGUGGCAAAUACGGAGUCGCAUGUAAUAGUUGAUAUGAUGUCUCAAAAAAACUGUCAAGAGGGACCGGCUAUUACUACAUCUUCAUCUACGAAUAAUUAUUCAAAGACCCCUUUAAAUACAAUGACAUUGCAUCAAGCACUCUCACAAUUAUUACCUUCAUCAUUGAAUCAGAAUAAUGUUCAUGAAAACAACCAAACAAAUUCGGCCUCGUCGGUGAGUUCACAAGUUUUACAUAUUGUAAAAAAUACAAAUGGUAAUCAACUUUCACAGAAUUCUGUCAUAAGUAACUCUAAUACGCCUGUGCUACAUAUAGUUAACAAAGGAGCUAGUACCAAUUCAACAUCCAAUGCGAACUCAGGACAGCACACAAAUUCUUACAGUGGACUGUCCUUAGUAGACACAGGACAAGGAAGUAAUCAGCUUCUUCAUAUUGUCAACACGGGAAACCAAAAGAAUAAUAGCACAGGUCAGUUAAUAAAAAGAGUUAACCUUUUGACUAAUCUUCAAGGGUCUAAUGAACAAAAAAUGGUACAAUUCGUUUGUAAAUCAGCAGACGGAAAAUCUAUUCACUUGAAUGCCCCACAUCAAAGAAGUAUGGUUUUGAGAUUACAGCCAAUCGAAUCGCCUAAUAUUCAACUAAAUCCAAAAGCAACAGAAUCUCAAGAUAAUACAGGUACUAGUGCCACGUCUAACGCCAAUAAUGCAACAUCGAAUAAAGAAUUUACGAAUGCACAAAAUGAAAUAAAAUCUCGAUCUGUAUAUGAAGAAAACUACGCCAAGUUUAUACAAAAUUCUUCCAACAAACCUGUGGAAAAAUCUACUAGUCUGCCAAAAUUCGGUCAAGCUUUUGGCAAGCAGGUAUAUCAGGAUGGCAAUCAAAAGGGAAACGAUAUAAAUUCUAAUAAUUCUAACGUGCCUUCUAUCAAUUCGAAUUCUGAAAGUUCUGAAUGUCAAUCCAAUGAUAAUUCAGUUAACCUAGACCAUAUUGGGCAAAUAAACAACCCACCGUUAUUACUAAGAAAGUCUCCAUCACAGUCUGCUCAAACGCAGCCAUCACAGGCAAAUUUAGUUCAACAAUUAAAACAAACCAUUGGCCCUAUGAAUAUACAAACAAUGCACGGGGGUGUUAUUUACACACGCCAAAUACCAGUUAACAUAGGAGGUGGUCAGACAAUCAAUUUAAUAACAGUUCCCAGUACUGAACUUAUAGAUGAUGGCAACCAAAAACAAAAAAGCGAUGUAAAAUUCGUCAAUCAAAAUGACCUAGAUUCGCCAAUCAUAAAAAUUGUACCGCAGCAUCAAAGCACGACAAAUGCAGAAGGGACGCAGGAUGACACCAAUAAACACACCGGGUUACCUAACGAAAAUCCUCAAAGUACCCCUACUCAACAUCAACCUGUCUUAACACAAAUGCGAAUAAAAUUACCAAUGCUCAGUAAAGCUCCUCAAAUGGUUUCUGGUGCCAGAGUAGUGCGACCGUCUUUCUUCCAAAUACAGCGCAAUGUCAUCGGCGGUGCCAAUCAACAUGUCUAUCAGCAAUUGGUUCUUACGGCAGCGCCACCUCUUGGUCAACAUACUAUUCGGCUACCAACAGCUCAGGCCAACAGGCAACCUGCAAAAACAUCUACAGAUGGUCAAUCUACUUCUGAACCUCAUAUGAGUUCAUCAACACUCGAACAGCUGCGAGAAUUUGAUAUGGUGUUAGAACAAGUAAAGGAAAGAAGUACAGUUCAACCUAAUUCGAAUUCAAAUGGUACUUUUACUAAAGUGCAAACUCCGACAACUGAUACGAGUGAUGGAACUUCCGUGACAUCUACUGUGACAGAGUCAACACAACAAGUUCUAUAUUCCAUCGGAUCUAAUCAAUCUUUAAAUGUCGCAUAUAUAAACAGGAAAACAGUUGCUACAGCACCGACAACGUCAACUUUCGUCCGAUCCCCUGAUUCAUCUGGAGUAAUAGAGUCACCUUCUUCAUCGCACUCACAAAUUCCUCACACUGUCACUAGUGAAUCAACAUUAAAUGAAGCCUCUGCUCAACCAAGCCAAGCGAAACCGGCUAAACAUGCGUCAAAAUCUAAAUCUAAAUCAAAAUCUUCUAACCCACCGCAACCAAUGAAAAUAGGUAUACCUCCAAAACCUACUCUAAAACCACAAGAAGACGAACAGACAACUCAACGUAUACUUUAUAUAUUGGCGGAAUAUAAAGAGCAAGUGGAAAACUCUCCAGAUAAAGAUAAACCAGCGCCACGGAGAAGAACGAAUCCUCCCACAAAUCCGGGUUCGUCGAAGCGUAAAAAAGGCUCAAGUAGCUCUCGACGCUCAGGCGGCCGGGACUCAAGUCCGGUGAAUGGCGAUGACCCGUGUCGUACCAUGGGUUCGGAAGAUAGCAGCGGCGGAACUUCCCAGGGUGACUGCAGCGAAGGGUGUCGCGACAGCCACUCUCCCCAGGACGAUAGUCCUCGCAAAGUUGUCAGAAAACUAACAUUUGAAAAUGAAACUGCCUCCGCCUCCCAAACUAAACCGCAUCCUCAGCGUAACGUCAUAGUUGCUGAUGGGCAAACGAUAACCGUCGCGAGAGGAACGUCGGGCAAGCCCACCACAGCCGUUUUAAUGCCGGCAAAUUAUAUUUUGCCCGUGUCGAUGGUCAAAGGUGGUCAGCAGAUAGCUAUAGUGACGAACCGUGGGCCAAAACUACUAACAGUCGCUGGCGGUGAAGGGACCACGAACGCGCUUUUGUUACAACGACUUAUCGGGCCGGCUGGUCUCAAACCGGUGUUAACUCGGCCUGGAGUUCGGCAGCUCCGUUUGCCGACAGCAGCAUUGCAUAAUCUUCAAGCUUUCAAUUUAACCACUGCGACACCUGUUCAGCCACCGGAUAGCACCGCUCCGCCAGCCUCGACACCUGCCCCUCCAGGGCUAACAGAGACGAAGCACCGUAACUCUCCGUGGAUCGACCGGGAUUCAGAUGUAAAACCUGAGCGAGACUCCAGCUCCGAAGGAUCCGAACCGUGGAAUCUACAUUCAUCGGCUGACCACCACGACUAUACGUACCAAGAAAGAGUUCGGACAGACAACAUGAACAGAACUGUGCUUGAAGCAAUCCCAGAUCGAUACAGUCCCGAUAUGGAGGCGCAAAGGAUAUUUGAUAAGAUGUUCGACGUCGAUUCGAAAAAAUCAUUCCUCGAUACGCACGACGAUUCGUCCCGUUGCGCAUACGAUAUUGACGCGUCAGAUUGCGACGAUAAGGUCUACCACCAGGUGGUUCACAAAAAGGACGGUUCAACGCAACGACAUCACAGAUUAACGCACGUGUCGGCGGCCGCCUUAAGACAUAAAUACGCUAUAUUGGAGCAUGAACUACGUUUGCAGGGUUGUACCUUUUUCCAGAAAUCUCUGUCAGAAGAGUGCGAAGACCUCGGCGUCGAUUCGCCUUCCGCCUCGGAACUGUUCCCAGAAGCGGAACUGCUAUUCUCCUCGUCACCAGCGCAUGAAGCCCCACAUCAUUCACACACCCGUAAGAUAUCACUGCAUACUCAACCAACUAUACUCAACCAAAGCGGUAUACCACAACCAGAUAUAGAUGACCAGAUAGCGACAGACGAAUUACUCCAACGUGAAGUUCACGAAGACCAGCAGGAGGAGUUGGACGUGGCUAGCCUCGGCCUUGACGACGGUAUAGUGACUGUGAACGAGGAUGGGCAUGCCACUAUAACGUUGGACCAGGAAGAGUUUGCUCGGUCGCAUCCUAACACAACCUUCCAUCGCGAGCCUACGGAAGAAGGAGAAGUUCAACCAUUUACAAUAGUAGGUCAAAAGGGGCGUCAAAUCACAUCGACAAUAUUCCACGCCAGUAGAGCUCCGGCCACUGUGCUUGUAACAGCACCCCAGACCACAGUCAUAUCGCAGGCCAACGCGGACCAUUCAAUGCAGAAUCACGCGAAAUACAUCAACCAAAUAAUUAACCAAUCCUCAACAGUUUCGCAUGGAAACCUAAACCUAUCGUCAGUUCUGGUCAAGGACAAUAGACUGACAAAGUUUGACAGCAUACUAACAGAUUCAAGAGAACUCCACCUCUCUAAUACAGCUUCAGCAAUCAUUCAUUCGACCGGAAACGCAACCCAAGUAAUAAGACGAGUUUGCUACGAAGAUGAUAAAAGAGAUACGCGGUUCCUAAUAGACGAACCAGAGACAAUAAUUGCUGGCGAUGACGCAAAGAUGGUUGCCGAAGACAGUUCUAGAGAUGCGACUUUAGAAUCCAUCGCCGGGGACGAAGAUAAUUCUUUGCCGGAAAGACACGCGGAAUUAUUCUGGGAAUCGAAUUCUGCUUCCGAGCGAUCCGAAAGCAGGCGUCCCAUGGACUUUAGUAGCGACAGCGAAAAGUGUUGUAAAAGUCCUUCAUAUGAUGAGACGAAUUCAACAGAUUCGAGUGGAGUUGGUACCCAUAUGAGACUAGACUCGGUAAUAAAAGACGCGAGGGGAUUGGAACGCAGUUGUAGUGCCGAAGGAUCGUCCGCGGACGAUACCCAUCCACCCCUGCGUACGUAUCCAGCCAAACGAAUGUAUCAUGCCUUAGAUGGUGACAUGGAACGGAGCGUGUCGGGGAAAACGAGGGCCGGUGAAAGUUCUCCUUACAGUUCAGAAGUUCCAAGACGGGCCUCCGUUCGUGGGGUUGUUAAACGAGGAUGCCUUUGCUGUACUGGAUCCCCAGCACCCCCGAGACCCAAAAAGUCCCGGCAGAGGAAACCUACCAUGGAUUUUACUAAUUAAAGACGUAUAGUGAUUAUUUGUACUUCUCGCAUCGUAGCGAUUCAAACGAAACUACGUUUGCGAAGCGAUUAGGUGGCCGCGCCAGACUGACACAGAUCUCUUCAGAUGAGGUUUCUUUAAUGUUUAAGUGAUUAAUUGUUGAAAUCGUUUUGUAUAUAACAAUAAAAAAGUUGGCUUUUGUUCACAAGUAUUUUUUUGUUGAAUUUUAGCGGGUAAGUUUAGUUGUUCGUUUUAUGACGUGUUAUGUUAGGUUUUAUAAACCGUUACCGGUCAGUUCAAAUGUAUUUUUUUUACUUAUGACUUGUAUUUCGUAAUUUUAUCCAUAGCUAUUAUUUUAUUUCAGAAGAAGAUAUUGUGUUUUAUUGUUAACUUUUCGUGUAAUAUAUCUGUAUACAUAUUGUAUUAGUAAUAUAUUAAUUGUAUAAAAAAAAAUGGUAUUUUUUAGGUUACCUCAGAGCAGGUUAAGCGUUUCCGUUAGAUGAUACAGGCCAUACUCAAACGUGACUUUGUCCUAGAUUUAUAGAUGUACGAUUAAAUUUAUUAACCCUUCUUAAUAAUGCUAGACUGAUAAAAGUGAUUUUUCCUUAGUGAAUUGCAGUUAGGGUCGCCGAUGUUUUGUAUAUCUACUUUAAUUUUCUAUACUGUGUACUAUAUUAUUAGAUUUAAUUAAAAAUGGCAACUUCCAUGGGAACUGCACAAAUCGAUCGCCUUAAUGGCGUAGAGCUUUAAACUUUGGCGGUUUAUUUUUCGAGAUUACGUUUUGAGGAAGAAUCGGUGCGAACGCGCCGUUAUAGUGCUUUUUUGCGUUUACGAAAGGCAAUAUAUAACUCGUACAUUAUUAAGUAGUAGAAUUUAUUAAGUGUGAAUUUAAUAACCAUAUUAAGCGUGUAAAUAACUACGUCCCCAAAUAUUGUUCCGGGGACCGUCUAGUCAGUUUCGUACCGUUAUAGACUAUGUAGACUCUACGCGGUGUCAACGGGACUUUCCCGAUUUUAUGGCUGUAAGCCACAAAAACAGUAUUCAACCGCUUUUGUAUAUAAACUUAUAGGCUGCGGGGAGUGCGUUUGUGGAGAGUGGGCUACCCCCAUUUUUCGAUAAAAUAAUUUUUUCGUGGUACUUACGCGUACUAAAUGUACAUAAAUGUGGAGAUGUGGAGUUAGUUAAUUUAGCGAACUCGACCGUUCUCAAAACGGUCUUAAAUUAUAGUGAAUUGUAACUAAUAUGUUUUAUGCGCUCGUAAUCGAGUCGAAUUCGGUAUAAACCAUAGUUCACGAUGUUACUUCAAGUAGUGAUAAGAUAGUGGUGUUAGGUAAAGUUCAUAAUAUACGCCUUUAGUCGGUUCUUCUGAUGGUUUUGUGACUACACCCUAAGUCCAAAAAAAUUAUGCUGGCUGGAAUUUUUACGCAUUAAUUAUAGCGUUUACGUUUGAUAAGACUAACUUUGACGGGUAAACGUAAGUUUUCUAGCAGCAACGCGACACUAUCAUCAAAUAUAUACAGAGUUACGGAUAUGGAGUAAUUACAGUAUGCUACAUUGUUAUUUGCCGGCCUAUAAAUAAAGGGGUUUACUACUACCAUCGCCUAGAGCAGUAUUAUGUUGAUAUUGAUGACGUUUUGUUUCUGAACACUAUGACUUUUGUGUUAUUUGAAAGGUCACAUAAACUGUCGUUUUCAAAUAACACUACUUUAAGCAAUGGCAGUGAUGAUACCUCACGGACGAAUUAUUGCGACGAUCUGUCUUUAUAGAAUUAUCGUAGUACAGGUUAUGUGUCCAAAUGGGAAAAUCUUAAGCGCCGAGCUAAGCGCGUCGCUUACACGUUUCUAUAAGAACAAACUUGCGAUAGCUUAAAAAAAAUAAUUAUGUCCUUUCGAAGAGCAGCGGUGGAUCAUCGUCUCAUAAAUUGAAUGGGACGAUUAUCCAAAAUCCUUUCAAAUUCAUAAGCCUUUAUUAGUGAGAAAGGAUUUUGGCUUCGAUCAUUAACAUAAGAGAAGUGUUGGUAGACAAAAAUUUUACAAAAUGACAGUUAAAAAUGUAUGCACUCAAAAUUGGAGACUUAUUUUUGUUAAUUUGCUAAAAAGUUAGUGAGUUCCGAAAGAGAAAUAAAAAUUACCGAAAAUCUUUUAUUAAGUAAGGACCUACAUAUUUUUUAUUACAUAAUCCUCAGUAAAAAGAAAAAACACUUGUUUUUGCUACAUUUUGUAUGGUUUCAUACAGAUCCAGUACAUUAUUGACCGAAGGUUUUUGGAGGGCCCACUAAAGGCAACCCGUUUGUCCAAAUAUCGGGACUAGUUCUCCAUAAGUUUUUUGGAAACUUUAAUGUAUAUUUAUCUCGGAAAAAGAAAAAAACAGUUUUUCUGCCAUUUCUUAACAUUAUGUAUUCGAAUUUU